CCCCAUAAACUGCAGACAAACCCAUUCAGGGCCGAGUUUCUGCCCACUUUUAAACCAGGGUCCCACUUGGCCCUUCUGCCUGUGAAGUUCCAUGUUUUCAUAUCACUAUAGCUUACACUGAGAAAACACAAAAUCUUAGUAUUUUUUUUACUUUUUGAUUACAUUGAUUGGACUAUAUGUCCGGAAUAAAUUCUAUAAUAAUAACUUGUUUUGAGAAGGUUAUUCUUUCCAGUGUAUAUUUUAUCGAUGCCUUUUACAUAAAAGAGUUCCAGAUUGUUAUAUGUAAAAAAAAAAAAGAAAAAAAAAAGAAAACAAUAAUAAAACUGUCUCAGCAUUAUGGACAUCACUCCUGCCUUUAACACUUCCGGUCUGCAAAGUCUGUUUUCAGUUCGAUGGAAGGAUUUUAUUUUUUCAGGAGCUUUAUUUUGACACCGCGAAUCUCUUCCGGUGCGGGAGGUCACUGCUCGAGGCAAACAUGGCGGCGCCCGACGAGCUCUUUUGCUGGGAAGGAGACUGGGGUCUGCCGUCGGUCAGCACCGACUGUCUAGUGGUUCUGGCCUACGCUCAGUUUGCUGGCGCUCCUCUCAAAGUCCGGAAGAUCUGCAACCCCUGGAGGAGUCCGAGCGGCUCCCUUCCUGCUUUCAGGACCAGCCAGAAGGAAACCUUAUCUCGAACCUCUGACAUAAUCAUCCACCUCCGGAAACAGAAGUUCAACGCCGACUAUGAUCUUUCAGCGAAGGAGGGCGCCGACAGCCUGGCCUUCAUCUCCCUGAUGGAGGAGAAACUCCGGCCGGCUCUGAUCUACGCCUUCUGGAUCGAGCCAAAGAACUACGUGGACGUGACUCGCCGCUGGUUCGCCGAACACAUGCCCUUCCCGCUCAACUUCUUCCUGCCUGGACGGAUGCAAAGCCAGCAGCUGGAGAAGCUGCGGCUGCUGCAGGGAGACGAGCGUCUGGAGGCGGGAGAGGAGCUGGAGAAGGAGUUGUUUCGUGACGCCACGGAGUGCAUGGACCUGCUGUCCCAACGACUCGGCUCCCAGAAGUUUUUCUUCGGGGACUCGCCCUCCUCUCUGGACGCCUACGUCUUCGGUCAUCUGGCGCCGAUCCUGAGGUGUAAGCUGCCCAACGGGAAGCUGCAGCAGCAUCUGAGAUCCCUGGACAACCUGACCAACUUCUGCAGCAACAUCCUGCUGCUCUACUUCCCCCGAGACGGCAGAGACGGCUGCAGCCAGAAGUCGCCCCCCCAGCCGGAGGCCGGAGACUUCGACAACGUCCCCAACAAGCGGCGGAAGCAGCUGCUGUCCGCUCUGGUGGCUCUGGGCGCCAUGCUGAGCUACGCGCUCCUCACCGGCAUCGUGUCCAUCCAGCACAUCCAGCAGGAGGCGCUGGAGGAGCCGCCCGACCCGGAGGACAUCCGGUCCCAUGAAGAGGAGGGGGACGGCUGAGGACGGAGGCGUCCCGGGACUUUAGGUUUUUACUCCACCAUAAGGAGCGACAGAGGAGACGCAUCUGGGGGGAGGAGGGGGAGGAGCAUCACAGGAGGGUUUUUUGGGGAGGAGCUUCACUCACCUGUUUGUCUUACAGUCUGUGCUUUGUAAUUGAAGCUGUAGUUUUUCAGAGGUUCGUCUCCUGAUAAUAAAGUGAACUCUGAACUGUGAA